CGUAUGUUAAUUGUGGUUAUUGACUUAUGUCCCUUCUCACAGGAAAUCGGUAAAUGUUAGCACAUGAGAUGUGUUAAUAACAGGUGAUCUCUGUGGAGUGAUGUUCUUCUAUUCAAAUUUGUUUUCAUUCAUGUUUGUCCUUAGUAUGGCCAACUUUAACUACGGUUGGGGACCAGGAAAGUUGAACAAAACCAAUUGCCCCUAUGGUAAUAAUCACCCAAAUGCAACUCAAACUUCAAAUAAAUUCAACGUUGGUGGUUCUGAAAAUUGGCGUUAUGGAUUCGACUACAUGGAUUGGGCUCGCAAGAGUGGCCCUUUCUUUGUCAAUGACACAUUAGUUUUCAAGUAUGAUGCACCAAACGCAAAUGGAGGAUUUCCACACAGUGUAUACUUAUUACCAAACUAUUGGAGCUUUAUCAAGUGCGACUUGAGGAGAGCUAAGAGGAUAGCAAAUCCAAACCAAGGUGUUGGUGAAGGAUUCGAGUUUGUGUUGAAGAAAUCACAACCCUACUUUUUUGCUUGUGGAGAGCAUGGAGGAAUACAUUGCAACAAUGGUACCAUGAAGUUUGUUGUCAUGCCACUCAAACGUUGGACUUUCUGAGUCCAUUAGUGUGGCACCAAAUACAAUACUUAGUAACCUUUUGCAUUUUUGUUUUGUUUGGAAAAAAAUAACGAGUCUUAAUUUGUUUUGUUUUGUUUGGAACAAUACUUGGAUAUUGGAAUUUUACUUUGAAUUUA